AUGUCAGCAAGACCAUCAACUUCAUCGUCCCAUUUACCACUCCCACCCAGUAUACCACCCGCGUUGCAUUUCUUGGCUAACCCCGCACCGGUACUCAUCGAUUCAGGAUUACCGAAUUACCUCUUACCGAACGUGCUGAACCUCUUGAGAGAUUCUUCUGCCCAUGUCAUACGUAAGAAGAAAGCUCAAGAAGACGAAUUGAGAGAGGAAGGGCUGAUUCCCCCUUUGGAAAAAGGAAAAGGGAAAGGAAAGGAGGAAAAUGAAGGAAAUGAGGAAAGGUUGAUCCAAGAUGAAUUAAAUAGGAAAAUGGAGAAAAUAGGUUUAAUGGUCGGUGGAUAUAUAGCUGAAAAAUUGACACUCGCAAGACCACCUUUAGCUUCGCAAUUGGAUAUAAUAAAAUUCAUAUGUAAAGAUCUAUUUCUAUAUGUGUACUCUAGACAGAUAGAUAAUCUACGUACCAAUCAUCGAGGCAUAUUCGUAUUACAAUCACAUACUUUUCCACCUCUAAUACCUCUAUCGUCAUGUAAAGGUUCUUCACAUGAUAUCGAGAUAGCCAAGAAUCAUCUAUUAUUCCCUCAAGCACUUAUUCAAGGUGCAUUAGUAAGAUUGGGUAUGCAAGCUAUAGUAACUGCUGAAUCAAGUGGAUUACCUCAAUGUACAUUCCAAAUACGGACCAUAAAAGCAGCAGUAUCAACUACACCUUCAACAGCCGGCACGCCCAAUCCGAAUCCGAAUCCGAAUUCAAAUCCAAACUCUCAUCAACAGUCUCAAGGACAAGGCCAAGGCCAGAGUCAAAAUCGUCCUGGAUCAGUAGUAGGAGGUCUAUCAUCAAAUAACGAAAUCAGAGGAUCAACAGGCUUGGGUAUCGGUUCAGCUGGAAUAUAG